UGUCCUGAUUCUUUACUCCUCUUAUAAUGAAAUCAGAGUCCAGACCCCGCUCUUUAGGAAAAUCUCCACAGACUCCUGCUGCUACUGGCUCAGAGUUUCAAGAUGCUUCCUGUAUGAAGAAAUUAAUGGGCCGCAGUAUUCAGGUGUGAUUUUUGCCCAUUAUUCUACACAUAUUGUCUUUAAUCUUGUUCAAUUGUAUUCAAGUCAGGUGAUUGACUGGGCCAUUCUAACACCUUGAUUUUUUUUUCUCUGAAACCAAUUGAGAGUUUCCUUUGCUGUAUGCUUUGGAUUGUUGUCCUGUCUCAUCUUCAUCAUCCUGGUGGAUGGCAGCAGAUUCUUCUCAAGAAUCUCCCGAUGUACCACUGCUCAGAUUGUGGGAAGAGUUUUAAUAAAAGUCGUCAUCACGAGUGCACUCACACAGGAGAGAAGCCGUAUCACUGUGAACUGUGUGGGAAGAGUUUUACUGUUCAGAGUUCUCUCCAACGACAUGAGCGCAUUCACACAGGUGAAAAGCCGUAUCACUGCUCCCAGUGUGGGAAGAGUUUUAGUGUUCAGAGUACUUUGCAAAUCCACGAGCACAUUCACACAGGUGAAAAGCCAUAUCAUUGUGGACAGUGUGAGAAGAGUUUUACUUGCCAGCGUAAUCUCCGACAACACGAGCGCAUUCACACAGGAGAGAAACCGUAUCAUUGUGGACAGUGUGGGAAGAGUUUUACUUGCCAGCCUAAUCUUCAACGUCAUAAGCGCAUUCACACAGGACAGAAGCCGUAUCAUUGUGGACAGUGUGGGAAGAGUUUUACUUGUCAGCGUAAUCUCCAACGUCAUAAGCGCAUUCACACAGGAGAGAAGCCGUAUUACUGUGGACAGUGUGGGAAUAGAUUUACUUGCCAGCGUAAUCUCCAACAGCAUGAGCGCAUCCACACAGGAGAGAAGCCGUAUUACUGUGGACAGUGUGGGAAUAGAUUUACUUGCCAGCGUAAUCUCCAGCAACAUGAGCGCAUUCACACAGGAGAGAAGCCGUAUCACUGUGAACUGUGUGGGAAAAGUUUUACUUGCCAGCGUUAUCUCCAACAGCAUGAGCGCGUUCACACAGGAGAGAAGCCCUAUCACUGUGGACAGUGUGGGAAGAGUUUUAUUUGCCAGAGUAAUCUUCAAAGACAUGAGCGCAUUCACACAGGAGAGAAGCCUUAUUACUGUUCACAGUGUGGGAAGAGUUUUACCCAACAGUGUACUCUUCAACAACAUGAGCACAUUCACACAGGACAGAAGCCAUACUUCUGUGGACAGUGUGGGAAGAGUUUCAUUCGUCAGAGUCAACUCCAACGACACGAGCGCAUUCACACAGGACAAAAGCCGUACUUCUGUGGACAAUGUGGGCGGAGCUAUACUAAUUCAACUCACCUUCAUCAUCACGAGUGCAUUCACACAGGAGAGAAGCCGUAUCACUGUGAACUGUGUGGGAAGAGUUUUACUGUUCAGAGUUCUCUCCAACGACAUGAGCGCAUUCACACAGGUGAAAAGCCGUAUCACUGUGGACAGUGUGAGAAGAGUUUUACUCGUCAGAGUCAUCUCCGACAACACGAGCGCAUUCACACAGGAGAGAAGCCGUAUCAUUGUGGACAGUGUGGGAAGAGUUUUACUCAUCACAGUACUCUCCAACAACACAAGCACAUUCACACAGGAGAGAAGCCAUAUCAAUGUGGACAGUGUGGGAAGAGUUUUACUUACCAGCCUAAUCUUCAACGACACAAGCGCAUUCACACAGGACAGAAGCGGUAUCACUGUGGACAGUGUGGGAAGAGUUUUACUUACCAGCCUAAUUUUCAACGACACAAGCGCAUUCACACAGGAGAGAAGCCAUAUUACUGUGAACUGUGUGGGAAUAGUUUUGCUUGCCAGCGUAAUCUACAAGAGCAUGAGCGCAUUCACACAGGAGAGAAGCCAUAUCACUGUGAACUGUGUGGGAAAAGUUUUACUUGCCAGCGUUAUCUCCAGCAGCAUGAGCGCGUUCACACAGGAGAGAAGCCAUAUCAUUGUGGACAGUGUGGGAAGAGUUUUACUUGCCAGAGUAACCUCCAAAUACAUGAGCGCAUUCACACAGGAGAGAAGCCGUAUUACUGCUCGCAGUGUGGGAAGCGUUUUGCCCAACAGCCUAAUCUUCAACGACACGAGCGUAUUCACACAGGACAAAAACCGUACUUCUGUGGACAGUGUGGGAAGAGUUUCAUUCGUCAGAGUCAACUCCAACGACACGAGCGCAUUCACACAGGACAAAAGCCGUACUUAUGUGGACAAUGUGGGCGUAGCUAUACUAAUUCAAGUUCAUUAAGGACACAUAAGUGCUCUAAAAUAAAGCCAUUAGAUUUUAACAUGUGAAUUUGUCAAUUUAAGAUACAUGUUUUUAAUUUUAAUUUUUUUAAAGGGUGGUAAAGAUACAUUUAGGCAUAAAAUUUAAUAUUUUAUUUGUCAUGGACUGUAGUAUUCUGUUGCAUGGGACUUUAUUGCUUUACUCUCUGGAUUUUAGUAAAAUUCAUGAUAUUGUUAUUGUCCUGUUUUUACCCAGAUGCUACAAUACCAAGCAUGGAAUAUAAAUAUUUAACCAAUGGGCAUGCCCAUUUUAAUCGACCAAUCCAGACCUCUGAGUGAGACACAUGACUUCUCCCUCUAAUAUAACACUUUUCAUUUUAAAUAAUUUUUAAAUUUGAAUUUGCUAAAAUUUGCUUUUUUAAAUGUUGCAUUAUGCAUACUAUCGAACUGGAAACCUUUCCAAGCCAACAGAAGAUUUGAAGCAAUAGUUCUUGUUACUCCAUCUUUGCAGCGUCCAUUUAAUUAUAGCUAACUACAAUGUAUGGCCAAAAGUAUGGGGAUGCCUGACGACCACACACAUAUAUGCCUUUUGAACAUCUGAUGGAACGGCAUCCAAUCCAUGGUUCCUUGAGCCCAGAUAUAGUUUUCAGCUUUACUGCAACCCUGACCAGGAUAACACAGUUACACAGUAAGAUCAAUGAAUGGAUUGUUGUUGUAUAUAUGUUCCUAUAAGAAAUAAGAAAAUAUUUGUAUGACCCGAAAGUCUUAGAAUUUUUACUGCAGGAUCACUAUCACAGUCGUGAAUAUACAGUGAAUGAAGCAUUGAGAGAGUACAUUACCAGGGGUCUGGGUUUGAUAACCCCUUCACUUUAGUAAAUCACAUGUUUAAUAAUCCACCAAGUUUAUACUUUCCUUAUUAAUCAACAAAAAUUCUCCAUGAUGCAAAACUUAAAUGGGUUUUCUCAUUGUUGUGUAAUUUCCUUUUGAAAAUGUGAAAUGUUACAUUUAUAAAUCUUCAGAUGCUUUGCUUUGAUACUCACAUAUUAGCUCAUGUAUAUUAAUCAUCCUUCAGGUUCUCCAACUUGAAUAAAGUUUACAUGUGGGAUA